AAACGCUUGCCAAUCAUUAAAAUGAUUUUGAAAUAUUAAACUUGCUUUUUAUCCAUAAAAAACAGGGAUUCACAGUACGUGUAUUCUACUGAAUUUAGAAAAUAACUUAUGACGAAAUAUACAUUUUUUGUACUGUGCUAAUAGGUUAUAGCCCUAUGAUAAGCAUGAAAACUAUAAUCCCUCCCAGAUUCCCAAUUAUAACUCAUUUAUUUUAGUCUUCAUAAAAUUAAAUUUUCAAUAUUCCCACAAUACUGUAUUAAUGCAAACAUGCCAUUCCCAAAUGUUUGAGACAGGCCCUAUUUGCAUCAGCAACGUCAUGUGGCAUUGCUUGUGCACCCCUAGAGUCUUGAACCACAUCCAUGCAUCGCAUUAUGGAAAUGACCCGCGCGUUCGACUGUCCGCGACCAGCAGGGAGCCACACGGACGGCGGCCUGCGCUCAAUCCCGACAGUAGAUGGCAGCAACCCAAGAAACCUGAUCCCGUCGGGUUCAUCACAACUCAGUCUCUCUCAGUUGUGCAGCAGCACUCGCACAGGAGGCAGCGGUGGUUCGAGAGACGUCAAAUGAAACAGAAGAGACGCCAGCUGCUCUUUUCGAGUUUUACGCGUCGCCUGUGCUCCGCACCCGGAGACAGCACGUUUUGAAACCACCAUGGAAGACAAAUCCAAUUCAUUCUCAAGCAACAAGGAGGAGAAAGCGGAUGGGAAUAAUGUGUUCCAAAGGCAAGACUCGAUCCUGAAGAACAGCAUGGGCAGCCAGAACAUGAAAGACCACGGUAACUCAGUGGGAGUCAAGGGGGACCGUGAAGAAACCAUGGUCGGUUUUGACGAUAUGGAUGCUGCGGCUAGGCAAGCCGGGUUUAUGCAGCGGCAAUUUGGAGCGAUGAUGCAGCCCGGGGUGAAUAAGUUCUCAUUGCGGAUGUUCGGGAGUCAGAAAGCCGUGGAGAAGGAGCAAGAGAGAGUCCAGACGGCUGGAUAUUGGAUCAUUCACCCUUAUAGUGAUUUUAGGUUCUACUGGGACUUGAUAAUGCUCAUCAUGAUGAUGGGGAAUCUAAUUAUCAUUCCUGUGGGAAUAACCUUCUUUUCGGAGCAAACCACCACCAGCUGGCUCAUCUUCAACGUGGCCUCGGACACCAUCUUCCUGGUGGACCUGGUCAUGAACUUCCGGACGGGGAUCGUGAACGAGGAGAACUCUGAGAUAAUCCUGGACCCCAAAAUCAUUAAGAUGAGCUAUCUGAAGAGCUGGUUCGUGGUAGACUUUCUGUCCUCCAUCCCGGUGGAUUAUAUCUUUCUAAUAGUGGAGAAAGGCUUCGAUUCGGAGGUGUACAAGACUGCCCGGGCGCUCCGUAUCGUACGGUUCACCAAAAUCCUCAGCUUGCUCCGCCUUCUCAGGCUUUCACGUCUCAUCAGAUACAUCCACCAGUGGGAGGAGAUUUUCCACAUGACGUAUGAUUUGGCGAGUGCAGUGGUAAGAAUCUUUAAUCUGAUUGGCAUGAUGUUGUUGUUGUGUCACUGGGAUGGCUGCCUGCAGUUCCUCGUUCCCUUCCUGCAAGACUUCCCUCCGGAUUGCUGGGUGUCGCUAAACGGUAUGGUUAACGACUCCUGGGGAAAGCAAUACUCUUACGCCCUAUUUAAAGCCAUGAGCCACAUGCUGUGCAUCGGGUACGGAGCCAGAGCGCCGGUCAGCAUGUCGGACCUUUGGAUCACCAUGCUCAGUAUGAUCGUGGGCGCCACCUGCUACGCCAUGUUUGUGGGCCACGCCACAGCCCUCAUCCAGUCUCUGGACUCGUCUCGAAGGCAAUACCAGGAGAAGUACAAGCAAGUGGAGCAGUACAUGUCUUUCCACAAGCUUCCGGCCGACAUGCGACAGAAAAUUCAUGAUUACUACGAACACCGUUACCAGGGAAAGAUCUUCGACGAGGACAGCAUCUUGAACGAACUGAACGACCCGCUCAAAGAGGAAAUCGUAAACUUCAACUGUCGUAAAUUAGUGGCCACCAUGCCCUUGUUUGCGAACGCAGACCCCAACUUCGUGACUGGAAUGCUGAGUAAACUCAAGUUCGAAGUCUUCCAGCCCAACGAUUACAUCAUUCGUGAGGGGACCGUGGGUAAAAAGAUGUACUUCAUUCAGCACGGAGUGGCAAGCGUCAUGACCAAAUUCAGCAAAGAGCUCAAACUCACCGACGGAUCUUACUUUGGAGAGAUCUGCCUCUUGACAAAAGGUCGUCGUACGGCCAGCGUCCGUGCAGACACAUACUGCCGCCUUUUCUCACUGUCUGUCGAUCAUUUCAAUGAAGUCUUGGAAGAGUACCCCAUGAUGCGACGCGCUUUCGAGACCGUGGCUAUCGACCGCUUGGACCGCAUCGUUCAUAAGAUAAGACCUGAAGAUAGGAUAAGAUGUGACCUGGAAAGUCAAAGGAAGAAGAACUCACUCCUGCUCCAGAAGUUCCAGAAGGAUCUGAACGCCGGCGUCUUCAACACGCAGGAGAACGAGCUGCUGAAGCAGAUCAUCCGGCAGGACCGGGAGAUGGUAAUGAUGGUGGACCGGAAGCAAUCGGUCACGGGGAUGAAUUCCACGCCGAUGUCUGGAAACUCCAUCAUUAACUCCCCCGCUCAGCCACCCUUCGCCACGGCGACCGCUAUUCUGGGGAACAACCAAUUACAACAAGCCGCCGCACUAAGCUACAGCACAUCGGCAACCAUCAUCCCAUCGAGUCGAGUGCCGCCCUCGCAGGGUGUCACGUUCUCGGCGCCCAGCGUCUCUCACGGCAACCUUAUCUCUUCUUCCCCGAAUCCCCCUACGCCUUUACAGCAGCCGGCAUCUGCGAUCAUGUCCCCGUGCUCAUUCACCACGUCUGUAUGCAGCCCCCCAGUGCAGACCCCAAUAGCCAGCCGAACAUUCCAGUACGGAUCGCCGACGGCCUCUCAGCUAUCCCUUGUACAGCAAGCCUUGCCCCAGCCAUCCUCACCCGCCUCCAUAUCCCAACAGCAGCAGCCGCCGUCACAGGGGGCGUCCCCACAGCGGAGUGAGGUCCACAAGAGCACACAAGCUCUCCAGUCUGGCAGCCUGAGCCGAGACGUACGUCACCUCUCCGCCUCGCAGCCGUCGCUACCCCAUGAGACCUCAUUGGCUGUCCGGGCGCACCCGACGUCGGGAGAAUCGCUCGCUUCCAUUCCGCCACCCAUGGGAUCCGCAGCUGGCGUCCAGGCGCCGGGCUCCGCUUUGCAAAGCGGAAUCCGCACCAACGUCCCGCAGAGGGUCGUCCUUUUCAGGCAGAUGUCAUCGGGCGCGUUACCGCCGGUACGCGCGGCGCCCUCUAGUGGCCCGCACAGGGAUUCCACGGGCUCCAGGAGAGAGUCGGCAGUCUUAAGCGGUACAGAGACGGAACAAGACAAGAUGCGAUUCGCAUCGAAUUUAUGAGCCCGUUUUACUUUUUCCUGUUGAUUUUUUAAGGAUAUUUUGAUUGAUUUUUACGGAGAUAGACAGAAGGGGGAAAAGACUCAAGUAUUUUUUUUCCACCAACUUCCUCUGAAAAAAUAACCUCAUAGCUAUCUUGUACAGAACUUCCUUGUACUAUAUUUUAGACACACUUCCCCUUCAACUUAAGAAUGUAUAUUAUACAAAUAAAUAAAUAUAUAUAUAUAUACAGUAUAUGUAUAUAUAUAUAUAUGUGAGAAUCCAACUAGAAUAUUUGGCAUUGACCAUAUGGGAAAAAAACACAAGUAUAAACACAAGUCUUCCUCUAACAUGUGACUAUAAAUGUGUCUGGAGUUGUUUAUAUUUCUUUUAUGCUUUGGAUUUUCGUUCAUCGUUUUGGUACAGGAACGCAUCGUGUCUGGGAAUGUCUUUUCGUUCCUUUCAUAUCUCGUUCUCUCUUUUCAUGUUGAGAAGAUGACAAAAGUCCAGCAUUUAGCAGCUUCAUCACUGUGGGAAAAUGUCUGAACAUGGGGAAAACUGAAAUGUUUUUAAAAAGCACAUGUAUAAACCCAACCUGCUGGAAGACACCGGAUAAUGCUCGGAGCACCAGAUCGGAGAUCUCUGCAAUACUUUGUGUCGGCGCAGUAAUUGCGUUGCGUUUCAAGACGGAGUUUGUGCAUCGAACGUCUUUAAUUUCAUGUUCAUUUCUAGAAAAGGAUGAUGGGAUGGUUUUAUUUUCUCAUUUCCGGAGGGAAUGGACAUUAUGAAAUGUCAGUGUACAUUUACAAUAUUUAUAAAACUAAAGAUUAUCACCAUUAUGCAAUAGACUGAUAUAAAGAUUACCUAUAUGUGUGUUGUACAUAGUUUUGUAGAACUAGUAUUUACAAAGUAAUGUGUGGUGCAUUUCUCAAACAUGGCAAAUGUCUUCUCUGUCAGCAGCCUGGGUAAUGCCUAUAUAUGCAUAUAUAUUUAUAUCUAUAUAUAUUCAAAUGCUAAUGUGUGAAUACAUCGAAAACAACCAUUAGAGAAAAACCUUAAUGCAAGUAGCAUUGCACUGUAGUUAGUUCUGACAACAAUAGUUUUAUUAAAAAAAUAUCAUAAGAAGGUAAAGCAACAUGACUGUGCAGUGUUGGGGCAAUACACCAAUAUAUAAUUUGCAAUCUUAAUGCAUUUCACCUGUGUUACAUCAUUUUACAUUCUCUAAGUGUAUUUAUUUCAUUGUUAUAGUUCAGUUUUUGCUGGCAGACAUAAGGAAGCGACUGGCAUACAUGCGAUUGAUAGAUCCUUGAUAUUUAUUAGUUAUUUGUAAAUGAAUUGUAUGAAUCAGUAUUAACACAUGUACAGUUCACACAACAGUCAAUACCACUCCAACUAUGUGCUUAAUAUUAUGGAUAUUCAUCUAUGAUUUGAUAUAUUUAAGACUGUGAAAAACAUUAUCUUAACAAUUUUUCACUUAAUGCAAUGCUUUUGAAGCUUAGCUUUACCUUGGUAGUCUUACAAAAUAACUUGGAAAUCUAAAACCGAUGACACAGCACAUUACUGGAAGAGCUAGCAGAUUACUGUAUUCCUUCUGGAAAUGAUUAAGAGCAAUUGUGUUCUCUGAAUUCAACUUGUCAAGAGAGGAGGACAGAAAAAUAUUGACGUUAAACGAAAAGCUGCUUUGCAUUAAGGUUUUUGUCUUAGUCGUGUGAUAAUUCAUUCAGUCGGGGCUUGAGACUUUGAAACGUCACAUCAGUGUGCGGGUAAAAUGAUUUAAGAAAGAGUAACUAGCAUCUGUAGCCCAUUGUGACGCGUGUUUUUCGUUUAUUUAUUCUUUUUUCAAUGCUUUUCAAGCUUCUUUCUUCUGGGUUUAAUGAUGGACCUUGGGUGGCAUCCAAAAUCCAUCUGCCGAUAUCAAAGCUGAAAGCAAAAGGACGCAGAUGCUGCGAUUUUUGAGGUUUUUAACCUCACAUCUGCAAAGUCUCAAAGCCCCCCGCUCCACUGAAAAAAGGCUCUGAAACUCCAGAAGUCCACGUGUGUCUGUGCUGUACCAGUGCGGUUCCCAUACAGCCAACCAUAAACGCAUGCAUUGUCACAAAUGCUUCAAGAGAAACUACUUAAAAAAUGUUGACGUUUAAAUGUAUCGUGAGGUUGCGUUUUUUUGGGGUCGUUCGUCUGCCUAGACGUUUUUUCUGCGUAUCAAAAACAUUGAAUUUUCACGAAAAGGACAUUAAGUAUUUGUGCCUAAACUAUAGCCAUGUUUCAUCCUGUUCAUUUUACGGUUGUGACUCGUGUGUGCGCGCGCACUUGUGCACACGUGUGUGUAGACGACGUGUAUGUUCAAUGUUCGAGGAGAUCAAAAGCAAUGAAAAUGGCCAAACGUAUCAGUUGAAAAACAUACAAGUGAAAAGCCAGCGCCAUCUCACGGGAAUAAUAACUAUUUUACGAGGAAUUCGUACGAUGUUAGUCCCUUAACAUAACGUCUCUGGGGCGAAAGCAGAUCGUACGAGAACGCACAAAUGUCAUUGUUCGAAUUUAUAAAACUUAGUUAUGCAAUACCGUGAGAUUGCGUUGGAGAUGCAUAUUUAUAUAUAGCCUAUAAUAUGCAAAAAACAUUUAACAGAAACAAAAAACAGUAUAGACUGAAAUGAAAAUAUGUCUGGUGUGAUUCAACGUGUGUAAAUUUCUGCAGUUUGUAUUUUAUUUUAUAGCCACUGAUGUUUAAUUUAUUAGUGUAAAAUGUUGCAUUGAAUGAAACUGGCCAAAGGGAAACAUAUGAAAAACUUUUAUCAUGAAAUGCACUUUCAUUUUAAAGAAAGAGAAGUAUAGAAGCAGAUGAAAUAGACAAAGGUUGGAUAAGUGAAGGGGUUACUGUAUCAUCCUGAAUCACAUCCUCCGGCCCCUGUUGUUCAGGGCGCAAAGGAGGUACUGUGUCUUUAAAUACAAACAGAGCUUAACUCCUGCUAUGCCAUAGUGUAUAGAUUCUAGUGUACUGGUAGGAUGGUUUUUGAUACUGUACUUGCCUUCAGAGGGAAAUGCUUCUCGUCAAUGUGCUUUUUCCUCUCACAUGUAAACACUGUUAGAUUUCUGGGUUGGGUUGACGAGGAGACGUUCAUAACACUAUAUUAAAAAACGAAUGCAGUCAUCGAGGUGUUUUGAGAAAACCAGAACAUAUCUUUGUUUUUUCACAUUUGUGUUUAUGUCAUGGUGAAUGAGAAAUGCAAAGGGAAACGAGGAGUGAUUAUGGAAUAAAGGGAAAAACCAAAUGUUUGGUUUGCAACUUCUACGAUUCAGGUGAAAUUAUUUUGUUCGAAACGUUCUACUGUAAUGAUGCAAGAUUUCACAGAUGGAAGACUCUAGAACAGGCCUCAAGCUCUUUUUAAUCUCUGCUGAUUUUUUUUUUCAUUAUGCUUGUUCAUGUGCACCGACGCUUGGUUUAAAAAAAUUGAAAUAAAAAGGGGAAAGUCAUAACAAUAAACAAACAUGAACAAUUAUAGUUACUCGAUCCAGAAUAAAAAGGUAAAUGUAUGCUUUCUUACACCUAUAUGCAGACAAACGGUGUUUGUCAAAAUUUUUGAUUUUCUUUUGUUUUUUUGUUUCUUUGUAAAUAAUAGACCUUUAAAAUAUAGAGAAAAAAUAAAAGUACUAUUGCCAUUUA